GUUCGCUUACAAUUAUGGGACACUGCAGGUCAGGAGCGCUUUCGUAGUCUUAUUCCUAGUUAUAUAAGAGAUUCGACGGUUGCUGUCGUUGUCUACGAUAUAACAAACGCCAAUUCAUUCCAUCAAACGUCCAAAUGGAUAGACGACGUGAGGACAGAGAGAGGCAAUGAUGUGAUCAUUAUGUUAGUCGGAAAUAAGACCGAUCUUCAGGACAAACGACAGGUGACCACAGAAGAGGGCGAAAAGAAAGCCAAAGAACUUAAUGUUAUGUUUAUCGAAACGAGCGCUAAAUCCGGAUAUAAUGUUAAGCAAUUGUUUCGAAGAGUGGCGGCAGCGCUGCCCGGAAUGGAGACCAAUGAGAGGGCAAAGGAGGACAUCGUUGAAGUUGACCUAAAGGACGGCCCCUCAGAGCAGACCAGCCAAGAGGGCAAAUGCAUUUGUUAACAUAUUAAGCAAUACACAUACUGUUAGCCUUAUUGCAAAUCGCAAUCAACACCUAUUAUUUAAAACCAAAUUUAUAUUUAUUGGAAUUUAAAGUCCUUUCAAUUGCAUGGAAUCGGAAGCAGCUCUUAAUAUAUCGUUUUAUUACUUAUAUAAUUUUUUGUGCAUA